AUGCAUGAGGCUUCUCAGAAAGAGAGAGAGAGACAUGAGAAAAUGCAGGAAGCAGAAUGCAGUGUGCAAACAGCUCAUUCUCAUGAUGACACUUCAGACAAGGUGUAUGAGCCUCACACCUCAGAGGCGGCAAAACCAGGAGUGGCAGGAGUGAGGGUUGCGGGAACAGGGGUAGUGGGAGCGGGAGAACCAGACACAGGGGCAGGUGUAGGAGAUUGGGGGGGAGCGGCAGAGGAAGGAACAGAGGGGGGAGGGGAGGACACGGGAGACCCGGCCACACAUGGCAUGAGCAAUUCCUCCAUUAUCACAUUCUCCAAGUUCUUGAUCAAUGAUUCAACAUUGGGUUCACUAUCAUCAGCGGAUGCAGAUCUGUCAACACAUGAUGAUUCUACAUGA